UCGGCUGGGGGUGGGGGGCCGUAAGUCCAGAACGCCCCCUCCCCUGGAGGCGAUCCGGAUCCCCCACCCCAGGAGCCCAGGAGUGACCCCAGGUAUUGUUCCCUCAGACCUUCCAGCCUGGGGUCUGGAGUUCAGGAGACCCAUCCUCCAGAGGGAUCUCCCCCAGGACCCCAGGUGUUGUUUCCCCUCACUUUCCAGUCUUGGAGUCCAGAGCACUGGAAGCCCCUUCCUCAAGAGGUGAUCCAGGAUUCCACCUGCCCCCCAGGAACUCAGGGAAAGACCCCAGUUAUGUCUCCUUGCUACUUGUAGCUCAGAGGUGGGAAUUCAGGAGCCAAUCUAAGUGUCUUCCCCCUACAGAGAAGCCAGGGGUGACCCAUCACUGUCCCCCCACCCUCCAUCAUGGAAUGUGAGGAGGUGAACUAGAAACUCAGGCCUCUCUGUGUGUGUAUCCACUCCCAGCUCUGGGGUUGUGGCUCAGAAGGUCCCCCUCCCCCAAAGGAGAGCCAAAGUGCCCUCCAAUGCACACCCACCCCCACCUCAACCCCCCUCCCAAUAAUAGAUCUAUUUGUUGUUCCCCCCACCAGGCCUAGCCAUGGGCUGGGCAUCACCUCCCCUGCAGAUAAUCCUGAGCUCCUAGUGCUCCCCAGAAGGGGUCCCAGCUUCUUUCUCUGUCCCACUCCCUACUCCAGCCAUGGAGGUAGGAUUCAGGAUCUUUCUUCUCAGAGAGGACCAUCUCCAUGCUUCAGCUGUGGAGUCAGUCACUCAAGAAAUCAUUCCUUCCUAGGAGAUGGCCCAGGGGCCCUCCAGUAACCAAAGAGAAGCCCAGUUUGUUGUUUUGCCUACCCCGCAGCUAGGCGUUUUCUGGUGGUUCAUAUGGUAAAGAAUCUGCCUGCAAUGCAGGAGACCCUUGUUUGAUGCCUGGGUGGGGAAUAUCCACUGGAGAAGGGGAUUGGCUACCCACUCCAGUUUUCUUGCCUGGAUAGUUCCUUGGACAGAGAAGCCUGGUGGGUUACAGUCCAUGAAAUACCAAACAGCUGGACUGGACUAAGCAACUAACAAGCUAGGGGUUAGAAUUCAGGAUCUAUCCAGUCGGGCAAACAGGUAUACUGACACCUGUCCCUACUCUCCUGGAUAAUGGGUCCAUGGGUCUCCCUGCCCCCCUCCAGGGUUCCCCACGCACACUCUAACUUUAGAAAUCAGCAUUCAGGAUCUUCUAUCUAAGACAACAUAGGUGUUUUGACACUUAGUCAUACCCCAGGACUGUGAAGUUUGGAAUUCAGAUUGUCUCUUCCCCAGGAAGGGUCUCCCUGCGUGCCCCCAGUGACCCAGGAGGAGUACCAGAUGUUGUCUGCCCACCCCCCCAACACACACACACACACUUAUCCCCCAUAGAUAGAGGCUUCAGAGAUCACAAUGUUUCCUCUCUAGGAGGUGAGCCAAGUUCCCUACCAGGAACCCCAAAAUAUGCCACCCCCAACAAGGGGACUGGAAUUCAGGCCAUGUACUUAGAGCAAGCACAGGAACACAGACACCCACCCUCUUCCCCUCAAAGGGGCCAUGGUCAAGGGGACUGUCUCUCCUCCACAGGACCUGAGCUUCCCACCAGAGGAGGAGCCCAGGAUGGAGAGAGGGGCGGAGCCAUGGAGCUGGGUGCUGGAGACCUCUAGUGCUGGGUCCCCUGACUUCUAUCCAGAUCCUGCCCCAGAAGCCGGUACUUCCACACCAGGGAUGAGGCGUUCCGUCUUAGUCAGGAACCCAGGCCACAAAGGCAGGAGGCCCGAUUAUGAAGAGCUUGACACGGACUCAGAAGACCUAGACCCCGACCCAGAAGAGCUGGACCCGGCUUCCGCAAACCCGGAGCCUGAGCCGGAAGACCUCCAUACUGUCUCUGAGGACGUGGACCCCAGCUAUGAAGAUCUGGAGCCUGUCUCCGAGGCUCUGGAUGCCGAGGUGGAUGCUCCAGGCUCCAUCUCGGGGAUCCGUGACUCCGACCCCCAAGAUCUCGACCCCCUGUCUUCAAGUUUCGACGACCCCGACGUCAUCGGCCCGGUUCCCCUGAUCCUCGACCCUAACAGCGACACCCUCAGUCCCACUGCCGCCCCAGACCUGGACUCCCUCUCCUCCGACCUCCCUGCCACUCCUGAGGUCCUGACCGCUGCCCCCGCGGUGCUCCCUGCACCUGCCAGCCCGCCCCGGCCCUUCUCUUGCCCCGACUGCGGGCGAGCCUUCCGCCGCAGCUCGGGGCUUAGCCAGCACCGCCGCACGCACAGCGGCGAGAAGCCCUACCGCUGCCCCGACUGCGGCAAGUCAUUCAGCCACGGCGCCACGCUGGCGCAGCACCGGGGCAUCCACACUGGCGCGCGGCCGUACCAGUGCGCCGCGUGCGGCAAGGCCUUCGGUUGGCGCUCCACACUGCUCAAGCACCGCAGCAGCCACAGUGGCGAGAAGCCUCACCAUUGCCCGGUGUGUGGCAAAGCCUUCGGCCACGGCUCGCUGCUGGCGCAGCACUUGCGCACGCACGGCGGCCCGCGGCCGCACAAGUGCCCGGUGUGCGCCAAGGGCUUCGGGCAGGGCUCGGCGCUGCUGAAGCACCUGCGCACGCACACGGGCGAGAGGCCGUACCCAUGCCCGCAAUGCGGCAAGGCCUUCGGGCAGAGCUCGGCGCUGCUGCAGCACCAGCGCACACACACGGCCGAGCGCCCCUACCGCUGCCCCCACUGCGGCAAGGCCUUUGGCCAGAGCUCCAACCUGCAGCAUCACCUGCGCACGCACACGGGCGAGCGGCCCUACGCCUGCCCCCACUGCUCCAAGGCCUUUGGGCAGAGCUCCGCGUUGCUACAGCACCUACAUGUGCAUUCGGGCGAGCGCCCCUACCGCUGCCAGCUCUGCGGCAAGGCCUUCGGCCAAGCCUCCAGCCUCACCAAGCACAAGCGCGUGCACGAGGGUGCGGCUGCAGCUGCGGCUGCCGCCGCUGCCGCUGCCGGCCUGGGCCUCAGUCCUGCUUCGAUGCUAAGACCAGGGCAGUCCUCUCUCCUGGGUCCGGAUGCUGUCUCAGUGCUCAGCCCUGGCCCUAGCUCUGGCCUUGACCGUGACCCUGGCUCUGCGCUGGGCUCCCUCCCCAAUCCCAACCCCAAACCCACCAGUGGCUCUAGAUGUAGCCCCAGCCCUGAUUCUGCCCUGUCUUCUGACCCUAAGCCUGGGCAUAAUGCCAGUUCCGACCUACUGGCUAGCCCUGACCACAGAUCUGGUCCCAGCCCCAACAUAGAUCCUGUGCCCAGCCCUGACUCCAACUCCAAGUCCCACCCUGACCGCGGCUCUCCCAUCCGUGACACUGUCAGCCCAGCCCUCCCUAUGGGUGAGAGUCCCAGGUGGGUGCAGGAGCAAGAAGCCCUGCUCGGGCCCGAUGGCUGAAGGGCGUGCUGGCACCCGCAGGGGCCUGGGAAAGCGUGUGUUGUGCAGUUAGUAAAAGCCUCCCACUGCCUCCUG